UUUCAGGUUUCAAAUAUUUUUUUAAUAAACAAAUCAGAGAUGAAAAUCUCCUUGUUCGAUUGAAAUGUGUCUUCUGUCAAUGAAAUGAGUUUUUGAAAUAUUGAGUUAUUUUGGUCAGUGUUUUUAAUUUACUAAUAUACCUGUUGCCUAACAGCAUGAAUGUUGAUGCAGAUUAGUGUAUUUGUCUAUGAUGCGUUUUGAAUUUUGUUUUAUGUAUAAUAUUCUGUAUAACCUGCAUUUUGUUUUUGAUUUUUCUGUUGAAAGGGACUGAGAACUUUCAUUUGCUUGAAUUGACUUCAGAUUAAGCUAAGCAAGUCCAGAUUCAGUGCAAAAUGAAUUCCAAGACAAAUACAACCUGCAAAAAAGAUGGGAAUCAUCCACAUAUGUCUCAGAGAUCAAUUAAAAUAUGCAAACCACCAUGCUCCAUGGUCAGAUCAGAAGCUAAAGAAAAGGAAAAUUUAUCCAUCUCAUGCCAAAUAUCUCAAAAUGAUUUUUGCAAAAAUGAAGAGUAUUACAAAUAUCAGGACAAUACAGGAGACAUGGGAAUGCCCUGUCUCUCAUUCAAUGGAAGUAUGGAUUUAGAAGUAGCAACGGAUUAUUUGCCAUCUGUUUCCUCAUGUUCAGAAACAAUGUUACCUUAUUAUAAUGACCGGCCUAAUUCUGUCCAUUAUUACCUAUCUGAAGCAGUUAAUUGGGAAGAAUUCACUUGGCCACUUGAAAUUAAUGACAAUUACUUGGCCACAUUCCAAAUGCCUAAUGUGUUAGACUCCAAUGCACAUGAUGCAAAUCAGAGUGGGUGUUUAAUUGAGGACACCGAGAGUCACUGCUAUAUUAAAUUUUCUGAUGUUAUACUUCUUGGCACUAAGGAGACAACUUCAAUCAUUGUGGAGGAAACAACAGGUGCAGCAAAUUACCAUGAUGAUGAAGGGUUUCAACUUGAACAGAUUUGUGAUUCUUUAUGUUUUGAUCUCAUUUUCCAUCAGGCCAGUCCAUGUCCAGAAAAUGCUUACAUGGACUGCACUCAGCUUGAUACAAACACAGUUUGUUUCUUUGAUCUGGAGACAUCCCUUCCUAUAAAUUGCGAGUUAUCAGAAACUUCUGAUACAGCAUUGCCAGCAUUAGUAAGUCAGGAAACAGUCACAACGAAGAAUGUUACCCUUGUUCUUGAUCUGGAUGAAACGUUGGUCCAUUCUAGCAAGAAGCAAUGCGAUGAUGCUGACUUCAUAUUUCAAAUGUAUAAGGAUAAGCCGAGUAAUGUAUAUGUACGGACGAGGCCCUUCCUCAGAGAAUUUUUGGAGAAAAUAUCUGAGAUGUUUGAGAUCAUCAUUUUCACAGCUAGCAGGAGAGUUUAUGCUGAAAAAUUGCUUGAUAUUCUUGAUCCUCAUAACAAGUUAUUUUCUCGACGAUUAUACAGAGAUUCAUGCUCAUGGAUAGAUAAUCGCUGUGCCAAGGAUUUGAGAAUACUUGGAGUGGACCUCGCAAAAGUAGCCAUAAUCGACAACACCCCUGAUAUGUUCAGGCUUCAAGUGAAUAAUGGAAUUCCUAUUAAAAGCUGGUUUGACGACCCUACAGACUCUGCUCUGAUUUCUUUGAUGCCCUUUCUGGAGAAACUGGUGGAUGUUGAUGAUGUUCGUCCCAUUAUUGCAGAAAAAUAUGGGGCAAAGAAUUAAUUUUGCAUUUUCUGAAGCUGUACAUAGCUAGAUGCUGGUUCUUUUUAAACAUUUUUUACUUGAUGAUUAUUUUUUUAAAAAGGGAUAAAAUUCUACUGUAGCCAAAUAGCAUUUAU